AGGCCCAGUUGUAAUAGCCGCCUUCUGAAGUUGCGGUCUCUCCGUGGAUUUUCCUGCAAAGUAAAACCGUUUGCCAAACGCCCAUAAUUUUCUGGAAUUGUUUAUAAUUCAGACGGACAAGCCGCUGCUAUUUCUUGCACAAAUCAACUGCAUUUCUAUUCUGUUUUCAACAACAAAAAGCGGGAGCAUCAGGAUUUCAGAAAUCGGGGUUUUCUUUGUUUGUUUCUUAGCAUUCUGAUCAAGUCGGAAAAUGGUGGGAUCGGAGAGUGAGAAGACCGCCAAGACUGAGGGAAGGCCAUGGAGAUGGGUCAUAACUGGUGCUGUCAUUGCUCUGAUUGUUGCUUUAACUACAGCUUCGAUUAAUACCCCAAAGAUCUCUCUAUUUGGACUGCCCUGUAGCUGUCCUCAGAGGUACAGUGGGAUGGUGGAGGACUGUUGUUGUGACUAUGAGACAGUAGACCGUCUUAAUGAAGAAGUGUUGUAUCCAUCUCUCCAAGAUCUUGUGAAAACCCCAUUUUUUCGAUAUUUUAAGUUUAAAGGCUAUGGACCAAUUGUAUGGCAGGUUAAGUUGGGGUGUGACUGCCCUUUCUGGCCUGAUGAUGGCAUGUGCUUCUUGAGGGAUUGCAGUGUUUGUGAAUGCCCAGAAAGUGAAUUCCCCAAAGCAUUUAGGACACCUUUCUAUCGAGGCCUUUCAUCAGAUGAUCUUCAAUGUCAAGAAGGAAAGCCUCAGGCUGCUGUUGAUCGUACCCUUGAUAGUAAAGCAUUUAGGGGAUGGACUGAAACAGACAAUCCCUGGACAAAUGAUGAUGAGACUGACAAUGCUGAGAUGACAUAUGUGAAUCUUCAAUUGAACCCUGAACGAUACACUGGCUACUCUGGUCCAUCAGCUAGAAGGAUAUGGGAUGCUAUUUAUUCUGAGAACUGCCCCAAAUAUCCAUCUGAAGAGUUGUGUCAAGAGGAAAGGGUAUUGUACAAGCUGAUAUCUGGUCUUCACUCCUCUAUUUCAAUUCACAUAGCAGAUGCUUAUCUACUUGACAAGUCUAAAAACUUGUGGGGCCGCAAUACUACAUUGAUGUAUGAUCGGGUUUUAAGAUACCCUGAUCGUGUUAGAAACCUGUACUUCACGUAUCUUUUUGUUCUCCGAGCUGUUAUGAAGGCUGCGGAUUACUUGGAACAAGCUGAAUAUGACACUGGUAACCCUACUGAAGAUCUCAAAGCUCAUUCCUUGAUGAGACAACUACUCUAUAAUUCAAAACUUCAAGCAGCAUGCCCACUCCCAUUUGAUGAAGCUAAGUUGUGGAAGGGUCAACGUGGACCCGAACUGAAACAGAAGAUUCAAGAACAAUUCAGAAACAUUAGUGCAUUGAUGGACUGCGUAGGCUGUGAGAAGUGCCGACUUUGGGGAAAGCUUCAGGUUCUUGGUCUGGGUACUGCUCUGAAAAUCCUCUUCUCUGAUGAUGGAUGGGAUCACUUGGGGCAGACUUUACAGCUACAACGGAAUGAAGUGAUUGCCCUGAUGAAUCUCCUUAAUCGACUAUCAGAAUCUGUCAAACUUGUCCAUGAAAUGGGACCUGAAGUUGAAAUGAUUACGGAAGGACAGAUUUCUCCACCCACUGCUUCAAGUAGACUAUGGCAAAGAAUGCUAUCGUUAUUUAAAUCGUAGCUAACGAUAGUUCAACGGAUGAGAACCCAACAUUGCAGCCAAACAUACUUACAGACGAUAGAUUAGCGAAACAAAAUCCAUAUUGUUAGAAAAAUGUUGCUGUGGAUGGAAUACGGUAGAAGUGUAGAAGAGUAAUCUCAAGAAACAUAAUGUUGGUGAAUUGUAAUUACUUUCUUUUUGGUAAUCUUGUAUUUAACAUUUUGAGAUCUUUAUUCCACUGAGAAUCAUCUUAGCUAUGACCAACUGGAAUCAUCCUUUUAUCAUAUUGUCGAAUGAAAGUCGCAAUCAUCUUAUCAUGCA